AUGACUGUUGCAAUUUAUCUUAUCGUUGUUGUUAUUUUCAGCGAAAUCGUUUUCGAACGAGUUUUCGAACGAAUUUUGAGCAUCACUGAUUGUAAUAUAUUCUUGAUGCUAAGGAUGGUGACCGAUCGAUUGAGUGGGUUUUGA